AUGCAGUCCCCGGGCUCCUCCCUCUCCUCCGGCAGCAACCCCUUUGCCGGCCCGGACAUGGCUCUCAUCCGCGACCUCAACAUCGCCGAUCGCGUCCCGGUAACCCUCAGCCAGACCUCCGCGUCCUACUCUCCUUGGAAGCGGUACUUCUCUCUCGUUUUUCGCGAGUUCCUCCUUCACAGCCAUGUCGACGGCUCCGUGGACUCCAAGCUCAUGGUCAACGACGAGGAGUGGAUGAUCAUCGACGCCACCAUCAUUCGCUGGUUCUACCUCACCAUCUCCACCGACCUCUUCCACACGGUGGUGGCCGACGAGGACGACGCCCGCGCCGUCUGGCUCAAGCUCAACGGUCUCUUCACCGACAACAAGCUCCAGCGCAAGGUCCUCCUCCAUGAAGAUUGCGGACGAGCUCGCGAUCUCGGCGAGCCCAUCGGCGACGAGCUCCUCAUCACCACCUUCACCGCCGGCCUGCACGAGGACUACGGCAACGCCGCCUCCAACCUCACCCUGCUCCCGGACCCCACCUUUCCCAAGGUCGUGGCGUACCUCAAGCUUGAGGAGCGUCGGCUGCGGAUGGUACGGUCCCGUGCGACGCACACCGCCCUCGUCACCGGCACCCGCGCCGGCCCUGCGCCCCCCGCUGCUCGCCCUCCGCCGCCCGGCUUUCCUCACCCGCCGGCCUACCAGCCGGUGCCGCCUCCACCGCAGCCGGCCCCACCCGCCAACAACAACAAUCGCCGCCGUGGGGGUCGUCGCGGCGGCCGCCAGCAGCAGCAGCAGCCUCAGGCGCAGCAACCGCCCACGGGCGGCGCUGCCCGUCCGCAGCAGGUCUUCCAGCCGGCUCCUUGGUACGCCGGGCAGAACCCCUGGACCGGCGUCGUGCAUGCCUACACCAUGCCGGUCCCCCGCGCGCCUGCCCCCGGCGUCCUUGGCCCGCGGCCACCCUCCCACCAGGCGUACUUCGCCGCGCCGCAGCCGUACAUGCCGCCCUACGGGUGGGUAGGACAGCCGUCGCAGCCAGGCGGGCUGCCACCGCUGCCCCCGAUGCCGCCUGCGCCUUGGGAUCCGGCCCUCCUCGCCGCGCUGCACGCCGCUCCGACUCCGACCGCCUACGCUGGCGGUGGCGACUGGCACAUGGACACGGGCGCCUCUGCUCAUAUGGCUGCCCACCCCGGAUUCCCGAACCCGGAUGGUGCUCCUCCGAUGUGACAGUCCCGGCGACCUCUACCCCGUGCACUCCUCGCCUUCCACAUCCGCCGCCCCUGUCGCCCUCGCCACCGGUGUGGACCUUUGGCAUGCUCGCUUGGGUCAUCCCAACCCCGCCACCCUUCGCCACAUUCUUAGGAGUUUUUCUUUCACGUGUAAUAAGAUCGCUGAUCAUUCUUGUCAUGCGUGUCGUCUCGGCAAACAUACUAGGCUUUCGUUUCAGGCUUCUUCUCAUGUCGCCUCCUACCCUUUUGAGUUAAUUCAUAGUGAUGUUUGGACCUCUCCUGUUGCAAGUAAUACGGGCUAUACUUAU